AUGGCUAGAUCUUUCAACAUUUGCCCGCAGAUCGAUCCCUUGGUGACCACGCGCGUCCCCGGCGUCGCCCUCGACAUGCUGUUCCUCGUUAUCAUCCAAGCGCUCGCCGUCAUCUUCCUCGCCAAGUUCAUCCACCUCUUCCUCCGACGCUACAACCAGCCCAGCGCAGUCUCUCAGAUCCUCGCCGGCGUUGCCGUGGGCGGCAUGGGCCUGCGCAACGCCAUCCUGCACGUGGACGUGGACGACGUCGAGGACAUGUACGGCGGCUACAUCUGCGCGGCGCGCGUCGUGUACAUGUUCCUCGUCGGCCUCGACCUGGACCUCGCCGCGCUGCGGAACGCCACGCGCCGGUGCGUCGCCCUGGCCUACGCGACCGUGGCGGCCAGCCUGCUCGUGGCCGCCAUCGUGUCCACGGGGAUGUACGGCAGCAUGAUGCACUCCCCUGUGAAGACGCCCGAGCUGCUCGCCGCCACCCUCAUGCUCGCGAUCACCAACACCUCGUCCAUCACCGUCGCGCGCGUCGCCGAUGAGCUCAACCUCACGGUGACGGAGAACGGGCGGCUCCUCGUCGCCGCGGCCAUCAUCACGAACCUCAUCUGCGUCGUCGGCGACGCCGUCCUGUCGUCCACGGCGCUGGCCAAGGAGAAGAGCCAGGACCUGUACCACACCUCGCCCCAGAUCAAGAAGGGCUUCCUGGCGCUCGCCGUGGCAGGCGUCGCCGUGUGGCAGGUGCGCCCCCUCGUGACGCGCAUCAACCAGCGGAACGUCGGGCAGCACCACGUCAGGACCCGCCACCUGGUGGCCAUACUCUUCGGCAUCUGGUUCAUCAGCAACAUCCAGCAGCUGCUGGGGUUCGACGGGAUGCCGACCAGCCUCGCGCUGGGGAUGGCGUUCCCGAGGGAAGGCCCCGCCGCGCGGUCCGUCGCCGACGCGCUUGUGCCACCCGUCAACGGCUUUGUCCUGCCCUUCUACUUUGCCACCAUCGGGAUGAGGCUCGACUACAACUCCAUGUCCGGCGCCAUCAUCGUGCCCGGCCUGCUCCUGACGCUGCUCGGCCUGGUGGCCAAGGCCAUCGGCGCCGCGUCCGCCUCCACGUACCUCAACAUCCCAAUCUCCGACGCGCUCCGCUACAGCGUCCUGCUCAACGUCAAGGGACACGUUGACACCAUGAACAUGAAGUUCGCCAAAUCGGAAGGGGUGUGGGCGGAGCAGGCGCUGUACGCGAUGAUCAUCGGCAACCUGAUCAGCACCGUCAUCGCCGGGCCAGCCGCCGCCGCGGUUCUGCGCAGGGAAAAGGAGGAGUACAGGACCAGGCACCAGGCCAUGGAAUCGCUGGGCGCAGAGCAGGAGCUGCGCAUGUUCGUCUGCGCCCACAGCGCGCACGCCGCGCCCGGCGUCCUAAGCCUGGCGGAGCUCCUGGUGAUCACGCCCCAGGAGCAGCCGGCCGUCCCAGUCCUCCAUUUCUUCGAGGUCCCCCGCGACCGAUCCGCUCGGACGCCGUACCACCAGCAGGUGCGGGGCGACGAAGCCGCCGAGGGGAAAGGCGGCCCCGAUCCCGUGACGCAGAUGAACAUGGUGGUCGACGUGUUCUCCAAGACGACGGGCAUCUUCUUCCGCCAGAUCGACGUGGUGAGCCUCGGCGCGUCUCGGGACGCGGCCGUCGCGUGCCGCUGCGCGGAGGAAGCGCACGCCGGCCUGCUGCUCCUCCCCUGCUACAAGGAGCAGCGGUUCGACGGCAAGAUGGCGUGCCGCCUCGACGAGCGGUGGAAGCUGAACCACGACGUGCUGGAGCGGGCGCCCUGCACCGUGGGGCUCCUCGUUGACCGCCCGUACCGGUGCAGCGGCACCAGCUUCCAGACGCCCAUCGGCAUCGCCCCGGAGACCGGGAGGACACUGGUGCACCCGUGCAGCGACCGGACGGUGACGCACGUGAUCGCGGCCGUGUUCCUGGGCGGGCCCGACGACCGCGAGGCGGUGUCGUUCGCGUGCCGGCUCGCGGAGCACCCGUCCAUCGGGCUGACGGUGUUCCGGUUCGUGAAGCGCAGCACGUACGACACCGUAACGUCCUCCACCUCCCGCGCCGCCGCCGCGGAGGAGGCCGGCGGCGACAAGCUGGACGUGCCGUUCCAGGAGGGCGACGUGGACGAACGGUUCCUGUGGCGGUUCUACGAGAACUACGCGUCGCGGGAGCUGGCCAUGUACGUGGAGAAGGUGGUGGAGAGCCCAACGGACGUGGUGGAGACGCUGGAAGGGAUGGCCGGGAUGUUCUCGCUGGUGGUGCUGGGGCGGGGCGGGCGGCAGCCGGUGGAGCUCAUGGCCGGGCUGGAGCGGUGGUCGGAGGGCGGCAGCGAGAUAGGGCCCGUGGGAGAGAUCCUGGCGUCCAACGAGUCGCUGGAGAUGGGCUCUGUGCUCGUCAUGCAGCAGCACACGGUGGCGAUCCCGCUGCCAUGCCAAUGA